UCGAAUGCCAUGCGUAUCUUCCUCAGAAACAGCUUCAUGAGUUUUGUAUGACACUCAGCAUUGCAUUAGUUGCUUAUUCGCCACUUGGUUCCCCGGGACUUCCAGAUUUUGCCCAGAAGUAUUUCGGAAUAGAAUAUCAUCAAGAACGUUUACUUGAUGAUGAAUUGCUAAAAUCAGUUGCAAGAAAACAUAAAAGGAGUCCAGCUCAGAUUUUGUUGCGAUAUCUCAUAGAGAGAGGCAUCGCUGUGAUACCAAAAAGUUGCAGUCCUACAAGAAUCGAAGAAAAUAUUCAGGUCUUCGAUUUUUCCAUAGAGAAAGAAGACUUAUUUAUAUUAAAAUCGUUAGGAGGCAAGAAUUUAAGAUAUUUUUCCUUUGAUUUUUUUAAGAAGUAUCCGUACACAAUUUAUGAAUUGACUUCCAAUCUGGGUUAAGUUACGUAAUUACUAUAGGAGGAAUUGCAGUUCUAAAUAAAGUCCUGAAGUUCUAAAUAAAUACUGGUAUUUAUUUCUGCAUCCAUUGUUCACUGUA